UCUCCGACCGGCUGUGGUAGUGUCAGCUCCAGUGAAGGAAGUUUCCGCUUUGCACCCCACCCGGAUCACAGUUGGGUUGUAGGGCCGGCUCUCUCUGGCUCCACAUCAGCGCAUCCGGAUCAUGGGGUUACCCAAGGGGCCGGAGGGCCAGGGGCUCCCCGAGGUGGAAACAAGAGAAGAUGAAGAACAAAAUGUCAAGUUGACUGAAAUUCUGGAGCUCUUGGUUGCAGCUGGGUAUUUCAGAGCAAGAAUUAAAGGCUUGUCUCCUUUUGACAAGGUAGUAGGAGGAAUGACGUGGUGUAUCACCACUUGCAACUUCGAUGUGGAUGUUGAUUUACUCUUUCAGGAAAACUCUACAAUUGGUCAAAAAAUAGCUCUAUCGGAAAAGAUUGUCUCGGUUCUCCCAAGGAUGAAGUGUCCUCACCAGCUGGAGCCCCACCAGAUCCAGGGCAUGGAUUUUAUCCACAUAUUCCCUGUCGUGCAGUGGCUGGUGAAACGAGCUAUAGAAACAAAGGAAGAAAUGGGUGACUACAUCCGAUCCUAUUCUAUAUCCCAGUUCCAGAAGACCUACAGUCUCCCAGAGGAUGAUGACUUCCUAAAGAGAAAAGACAAGGCCAUCAAGACCGUUGUUGACCUCUCGGACGCUUACAAGCCCCGUCGAAAGUACAGAAGGCAGCGGGGAGCAGAGGAGCUGCUGGAUGAGGAGUCCCGAGUCCACUCCACUCUUCUGGAAUACGGCAGGAGAUAUGGAUUUAGUCGACAGAGCAAAACAGAGAAGGCUGAGGACAAGAAAACAGCCCUUGCUGCAGGGCUGUCAGCUGCAGAGAAAGCGGAUGCACAUGAAGAAGAUGAGCUUCAAGCAGCUGAAGAGCAACGUAUUCAGUCGCUGAUGACCAAGAUGACCGCCAUGGCAAAUGAGGAGAGCCGUCUCAGUGCAAGCUCCGUGGGCCAGAUCGUGGGUCUCUGCUCUGCCGAGAUCAAGCAGAUUGUGUCUGAGUACGCAGGGAAGCAGUCCGAGCUGUCUGCUGAAGAAAGUCCAGAAAAACUAGGAACCUCCCAACUACAUCAGCGGAAAGUCAUGUCCUUGAAUAAGCAGAUUCUGCAGAAGACUAAACAUCUAGAAGAGCUGCAAGCGAAUCGUAACAGCCUCCAAGCCAAGUACAGUGACACGAAGAAGACACUGACAGAGCUGAAGAAUCAGACUGAGAAGCUAGACAAAGAGCAGGCAGCCCUGGAAAAAUUAGAAGCCAAAGCCGACCCGAGCAUUCUGCAGAGCCUGAGAGCACUCGUAGCCAUGAAUGAAAGUCUGAAAAGCCAGGAGCAAGAGUUCAAAGCGCACUGCCGGGAGGAGAUGGCUCGGCUACAGCAGGACAUCGAGACCCUCAAAGCUGAGAGAGCGCCAAGCGAGAAGAGUCUCCACAGUGGAGAGCCAAAGGGCGCGCUGACCUCCACCAUGACUCACAACGAGGACCUGGACAGACGGUACAACAUGGAAAAAGAGAAGCUGUACAAGAUCCGGUUACUACAGGCUCGAAGAAAUCGAGAAAUAGCGAUUUUGCAUCGCAAGAUUGACGAAGUGCCCAGUCGAGCAGAGCUGAUACAGUAUCAGAAGCGAUUUAUUGAACUCUACCGUCAGAUUUCCGCAGUGCACAAGGAAACCAAGCAGUUCUUCACUUUGUACAAUACCCUGGAUGACAAAAAGGUUUAUCUGGAAAAGGAGAUUAGCCUGCUUAACUCAAUUCAUGAGAACUUCUCACAAGCCAUGGCCUCCCCUGCUGCGCGGGACCAGUUUUUAAGGCAGAUGGAACAAAUUGUUGAAGGCAUUAAACAAAGCAGGAUGAAGAUGGAGAAGAAGAAGCAGGAGAACAAGAUGAGAAGAGACCAGUUGAACGAUCAAUACUUGGAGCUCCUGGAGAAGCAGAGGCUCUACUUCAAGACUGUGAAAGAGUUCAAAGAGGAGGGCCGAAAGAAUGAGCUCUUGCUGUCCAAGAUCAAAGCCAAGGCCUCCUGAGAAUCCAUCUCCAUUUCUAUAUAUCAUUGAUAUAUUUUUAAUGACAUGUAUGGACUACAGGAUUCUGAAACGGUUCUGAAAAUGAUGGAGGAGAGAUACGGGAAGAUUCAUUUCAACCGGAUGGAUGGAUGUUUCCUUUCUCCUUUUUGUUUCAUUUCAUCUCUCCUGGCUGAUGGACUCAGAUUGACUAGACUAACAUCACGGCUUGGAUGACACCCAGAAAUGUGGGCAGUGCUCAUGCACUCUGUCCAUUCAACUUUUAUUGCUCCAGUAACACUGCAUUUAUGAAGCUACCUGGAUUUCUGUGGGCCCUGAGAAUAAAGAGCAUUGUGUUCAGCAAGUA